CAGAAGUAGAGUCUUCGAAGACCAGGUUCGCGCCACCAUUUGACCUCCUCAAGCUGAGGGAUCUCGGCCUGGGCAACCUCAACCUCACCCUUGAGGGCGGACUGUCCGACUGCGAUAGGCAUGAUGCCUAUGAAGAAGAUUCAGCGGCAGGAGAUGUGAUACCGACGGGGUUGGAAAUCUUGAACAACACAGCAAGACAAGGCGCCAGAAUGUUCUGAGAACUAGGGGGAGAUAGCCCCCUUCUGGCGGGAUACCCUAGAUCUUUAAGCCCUCGAAAGCCGCCAUCCUAAAAUCUUAGACUGUAAUGAUAACCGGCUAAUCUCACAUGGCGUUUUGAAACCUUACCCCAGCUUUUCUCGAUGAAGACUAGGUCUUCUCCUCAAAAGGCAAAUUGAAACAAGGAUUUCAUCUCACGAGGGGGGCAAAAGGUUGCCAAGGGGGUCACGCUCAUGACUCGAUAUCGGGUGCAACGGCCAUUGUUGAGGCAUAGCAUACCAUUGGUGCAUUAUUGGGCUAAUUUAGCUUCUCGGCGAAGCCAGCCUUGCCCGAAAGAGAACUUUCUGAGAACAAUGAAUGGGGUUCGCUUGGGCAAGAACAGUACCAAGCCCGGCAUUCCUCCCUGCCAAGUGCCAAGGAAAGCCGACCUGGCCAUUUCAUCCGGAGGCGUCGAGGAAUUUGAAGUAGCGGUUGUUACCAGUUGGGAGAGAAGGAAUAAGACCCGACAUGAUCUAGCUAUAUGACAAAACACAUAUUGAGCGUUUCAGUAUGUGUGAUGUUCGGUUUCAUCGAUAGUCGACCCUUUGGAUAGAACUUCUAGGAUACCCUCUGAACACGAGCGUCGACUUCCCCAUAUUCCAUUUUAGCACGGCCAGCCGGGCCGAGGCCCACUAGGCCAUCCUCCACCACAGUCAAUAGUCAAUGGACCGGGCCCGUUUUCUUUUUAGGAAGAAGUCAAACGACAGUCAAAAAGGUUCAAGUGUUUGAACUGGCUCGUAUCAAACUUUUGGGAUGUUUGAAGUUCUGUACGAUUGAGGUCUGAGAGCAAAAGCUUGCCAUCCUUCAGCUGGCAAGUCCCCGAGUUGCAUUCGACGCAGGAGCUCAUUCCGUGGCCAAAUGAGCUAACCAAAAAGGCAAUUUGGCUUGACUAGCCUAAGGGAGCACUGCAGCAAAGUGGUGACCAAGAGGUUGAGCCAAUCUCAGGAGGGCAGGAAUUCGAUUAGGCGCAAACGAGCCGGGGGCGGGGCCGGAGGGAGCCAGAGACGGCUAGGCGUAAGACGCCGCCAAUUGCGGAGAGACGUGACGGGGACGAUUCAAACUCAAGGUCCAACCUCCAAUUUAGCCGGAACCACCUCUUGGCAGCACGAUUGAGUAACGGUUACCACAUUGGAACGUAGCUCGACAUGGUUAUUGUCAACAUUUGACUCUCAUCAAAGAGGCAAGGGCAGCCCAUCAUGGAUCAUCAUGGAUGGAGGAAGGUGUAAGGCUUUGUCAGCAUCGUGACACGCAAACCCGAUCGUUCAUUAGUACUUCUGAACGUUGGUCCUCGACGGAGAAUCGCUACAUUGACAAAGCAGAAGACAUUCUAUCAUUUCCAGCUCUCUCCUUCACUGACAUCAUGGCCUCUGGUAAUCCACCUAGCCACUACAAUCUGUCCCAGGACCAGAUCGACCACUUUAUGCAGCACGGCUACGUUCGUCUAACCGAAUGCUUCUCCCGAGAAAAGGCAGCCAAGUGGACCGCGGACGUCUGGACGCGACUCGGGUACUCUUCGACAGACAAGUCGACAUGGGCUACUGAACGAAUCAACAUGCCCGAACACAGGUCGGAGCCCGUUCAGACCUUCGCCCCCAAAGCAUGGUCCGCCAUCUGCGAGCUGCUCGGCGGCGAGGAUCGCGUGGCGGGGCACUCGGCCACCUGGAACGACGCCUUUAUCGUCAAUCUAGGCACGGAGGAGUCUGAGGGCAAAUGGCCCCACCCGUCUGAGCUCAAUGGAUGGCAUGUCGAUGGUGACUUCUUUACCCAUUUCCUCGACUCGCCCGAGCAGGGACUGCUGGUCAUUCCCUUGUUUACCGAUAUCAAGGAACAUGCCGGUGGCACGAUGGUCUGUUCUGAUGCCAUCAAGAAGAUUGCCCAGCACCUGUAUGACAAUCCGGAAGGGGUCUCCCCAUACAUGGUACCUCGAGGCCAGCCCGAUGACCAGAGUGGUGAUUUCUACGACGAUAUCGUCAAGGAAUGCCAUGAAUUUCACGAGAUGACUGGUAAUGUGGGCGAUGUGAUUCUGCUUCAUCCGUUGAUGCUUCAUUCCGCUUCGGUCAACAGCCUCAGAAUCCCGCGCAUCAUCACCAACCCUCCAGUCUCGCUGAAUGCGCCUUUCAACUUUGACCGUGAAGAUCCAAGCGACUACAGUAUUGUUGAAAGAAAGACCCUGCAGGAGCUUGGAAAAGAUCGCCUCCAAGGCUGGGCUAUCAAACGCGGCAGGGAAGCUGUAACUCCUCUCAGGCUCCAGGUCCAGGAACGGAUGAAAGAGCAGGAACUAAAAAGACUGAAGACGUCCCUUGAGACUCCUGCAGUAUAACUUUGCGCACGACAAUAUCGCGUCUCUCUUUUAUCGCUAACCAGUCUAUCUUGCAAGAGACUGGGAGAAAAAGAACAAACCCCCUUGGAAAACCCACGAAUAUAAUUAUCUUCAUACUUCUAUGACUUGUUCCUCCAUAAUAAUGCUGACGAGAGGCCGCCCACGACGCUGACGCCUGUGAUAAGCUCCCAU